AUGACGACGCAUGCGCAGGCCCUGGCGCUAUACUAUGCGCGAGAAGGCUACUACAACAAGGUCCAGACCCUUUGUGACGAAGAGGGUCGGCGAACUGGCGAUGUGCCAAUGCAUCUCUGGAAGGCCUAUGCGCUGCACCGUGAGGGUAGCACUCGAGAGGCAAUCCUGGAGGCCGAAGGCUGCCUCCAGAAGCGUGACAUGGGGCUCCCCUUUGCCGUCGCCCUCUGCUACUUCCACGAGCAGCUGGCAAUGGUCGACCACGAUGCUGUGCGGGACAUGUCCGUGCGCAUCUCCCAGGAGCUCCCCUCGGCGCCCGAGACCACCAAGGUCCUAGCUGCCCGCUUCUACACGAUGGUGGGAGAGGUGGAAAAGGCCCAGGAGAUGCUUACGGCCAUGGACGGCAGCAGCAGCGCGGCCGUCUGCGCGGCCAGAGGUUGGAACGCAUUCGCAGCGGGGCGGAAAGCUAAUGCUGCGAGCGGCAAGCAAAGCAACGCCUACUUGGAACAGUGUGGAGCUCACUUCGACAGCGCCUGCGGCACGGGCGCCGAACUCGAGAACCUCGACGGCCUCAUGGGAAAAGCAAAGGUCCUGGAAGGAAAGCGCCAGUGGGCCCAAGCCCUGGAUGCCCUAAACAAGGUCAUCGUGAUGCAUGAUUGGUUUCUACCGGCUCUCAUCGAGAAGGCCAAGACGCUGAUGAUGACGGCAGACUGGGAUCAAGCUCUUGAG